GCACAUCCUAAUGGCGCAGAUAUUAGAAACAUUACGGCGGAGGGCACACUCCUUCUCCAACGCUCCCUGUUCCCGACUCUCCCGACUCCCCAAGUUCCGAGCGCCCUGCAAGUGCCACUUCCACGGGUCUGUUGUUGUGUUGGCAAACACGUCGGUUUUUCUGGAAGCUCUUCUUCCGUCGUACAAAUGAUAUGGCAACCAAGAUCCUGGACAAACUCCGGCGAACACUGUUCAAGGAAGGGGUGGUCCCUGCUGAUUCUGAAAGCACAGAGGACUUUCCAGAGAGUUCUGAGCUAGAAGAUGAUACAGAUUGCAUCUCUGCACGCCUCAGUGGAACACUUUGCUUUGAGGCCGACAGGGCUGCAGACUCUGAGGACCCAGGCGAGGCCUCCGGUGCUGACAGUGACUCUGAUUUUCUUGGAGAAUCUCUGGAAAAUGGACCUUGCAGCACAGAUGCAAGUCCUGUAGGCCUGUCUGCCAGUGGCUCAUCUAUGUUGACCCGACAGCUGCAGGAGAGCUGGCGCAGUCUGCGCGCUCGUAGCCUCCCCGAGAAGCUGGUGUUUGAGGUAACGAAUGCCAGUGUGGUGCAGGAGGGCACCUCCAAGUAUGUGCUCUACACAAUCCACGUAAUCCAGUCAGGAAGCUUUGACAAGACACCAGCGAUCAUCACACGCCGCUACACCGAUUUUGAGCGGCUGCAUAGCCGCCUCCGGCGUCAUCACGGAGAUGAGAUGGAGGGAGUUUGCUUUCCCCGCAAGAAGCUACGCAGGAACUUCACUGCAGAGACCAUCGCAAAGCGUAGCCGGGCAUUUGAACAGUACCUGACACAUGUGUACUCUCUGCCAGACUUGCGUCGCUCACCUAUUUUUCUCCAGUUCUUUUAUCUGGGUGAUCUGCGAUUAGGCCAGGUGCUGCUGCGGGCAGGGCAGUACCGUGAGGCCUUGGGCUCCUUGCUCAAUGCACUAAGGCUCCAGGAGAAGCUAGGAUGCCAGCAGUUGCCAGAUCCACAGCAACGUACUCAUUGGCUCUUCAACCUACUGGCCUUAGUCACCUGCUUUCAGGAGCUGGAGCAGCUGGGGGAGGCCCAGGAGCACUGUGAUCGUGCGCUGCUGGACCUCACCCCAUCCCAGGAUGCCCUGCAGAAGCAGCAGUUUCACCCAUUGCUUAUUCCACUUCUGCAGGCCAAUGUCAGGCUGUCAUGGAAAAUCUCCAAGGACAAGCGUAAAUGGGAGGCUCUCCUGCAGGAGAUCCAGGACUGUGGAGUAGACAUUGGGAACCAGCCCAGCUUGAAGGAAUACCUGACAAAAGAGGUCCUGGUGGAGAGUGAGGUGGAAUCUAAGCACAGUUAGAGAAGACAUCGUCUGAAAUGCACACUCUAAAGGAGCCUUACUGCAGAGCCCUGGAUCACCAGAAAGUUAGUCUCUGCUUGUAUUUUCCAGAGCAUCUAGAAAUAUUGAUGAUUUGCUUGUCUAUACACCAUUUGUCAAGAACCACAUGUAGAAUCGGUGGAAGAUCCGUAAUUUAGACAAGGUUCCUCAGAUUGAACUACCCGUGAGGGGACUCACUCUAACAUCAGCACUGCUGUGAGGCAGGUAUUUCAAAUAUUUACAGAAGCACACAAUAUUUUGGGGUUUAUUUCAUAGCAUGAGCAUGGUCUGUUUUUCCAUCAGAAUGUUAAAAUAUAGGUCUUAACAUUUUGUUUGUCCUCAUGGAGAUAAGGGAUCUUAUUUUUUUUUUUUGACAGUUGUGAAAAUAGACUCAGUAUUUUAUAAGAGAUAUUUAUACAGUAUAUAAAGGGAGACAAUGGUGCAUUGGUGUGUAACCAUUAAUUAGUGACAUUGAAUUAAUGUUUUUUACUUUCACUUUUCAUGUAACAUAUUUCACAAUAUCUAAUAUAAGCAAACACCGUAUUAGUUUUCAGUUGUUUUCUAAACAUUUCCUGGGCAUGGAUAGUUUGCUUUUGUACACAGAUGGACUUGUAAUUACUAAGGGGCCUUAAUAUUGAUGAUUUUAAAUGCUUAUGAAUUGAAGAUGUAGAAUUUACAAGUUUUCACUGAGACCAUGCACUGUCAAUACAAGACUUAUCAAUAUUAGGUCUUCUGCUGACUUGAUUCUGAAAUGUUAGCAUUAAGCUUAGAAUAAAGGGUGUAAGUUUUAAAAUGGUAUACACUUUAAAUCUUUAUGCUGAGAGGUAGUUUUUUUAAUCCUAAUAGUGAUU